AUGGAUCAUCCGGCCGUCCAUCUUCUGAAGACCCUCAUGUCCAUCGUCAGCACCAGCGAGCUCGAGUACGAGAUUGGCAUGUUCCUGGAACAACAUCUUCUGAGCCUGGGAUACACAGUUGAGCGCAUUCCUAUCAAGCCGGGCUCUACGCGCCACAACGUCUAUGCCUACCUUGGCUCAUCUCGCCAAACAAGAGUGCUCCUUACAGCUCACAUGGACACAGUCCCACCGCAUAUACCCUUGACCAUCGAUGAAGACAUCAUUCGUGGAAGAGGAUCUUCGGACGACCUUGGACCACUAGCAGCGCAGAUACUAGCCACAGAAGAGCUGAGGAAAGAAGGAAAGUUCAGAUCAGAAGGCGACAUCGGACUGCUAUUUGUCGUGGGCGAAGAAAACGGCGGACACGGCAUGGUCGCUGCAAACGACAUGGGCGUAUCUUGGGAAUCUGGCAUCUUCGCCGAGCCAACAGAAAGCAAGCUUGCCAAAGGACACAAAGGACAGAUUGCGUUCGAGGUGAUAGCCAAGGGAAAAGCCUGCCACUCAGGCUAUCCUCAUCUCGGUAAAAGCGCAACGUCUGCCCUUCUUGCUGUUCUGAACGACUUGUCCGCAGCAUCAUGGCCGGAAUCCGAAUUGCUUGGCCCUUCGACGUUCAACAUCGGAACUCUCUCAGGCGGCGAGAAACACAACAUCGUUGCUCCGUCUGCCAAGGCACUGUGCGAAGUUCGCAUGGUGGCUGAUUUACCUGGUGUCAAAGCUAAGAUCGCGGAGAUAGUGUCGAAGCACGAAGAUAUCGACCUAAACUUUGUCUUUGAGUAUCCUGAAGCUCUCCUGGAAUGGGAUAUAGAGGGCUUUGAGGCUGCUCCAGUCGCGUUCGGGACGGACGUCCCGAGACUCAAGGCUGAAUACUGUGGAAAUAGAGUCUUGUAUGGACCGGGUUCUAUUCUGGUUGCUCAUGGGCCGGAUGAGCAUAUCAGUGCUACCGAGUUAGUUGAAAGCAUUGCGGGGUACAAGAAAUUGGUGCUUCAUUUUCUUUCGUGA